AUGGCGGACUUGAGCUACUUGUCCUGUCCGAAUCCUGCCCAACUUCGAUACCAAUCUAUUAUUGACGUGUUAAAAAUGAAGACAAACGAGGCUCCUGAAAACGAAAUAUGUGUUGAACGAUCCGUGGAUGGCGGAAGAAGGUCUCUGAGUAAUGCUGAAUUGCUGAAUAGGUCCACAGACAUCGCUAAGUACCUUAUAUCUAAAGGAAUCAAACCAGGAGAUAGCGUGGCCAUCAUUGGGCCAAACUCGAUAGAGUGGAUCAUUGGCGAGUUUGCAGUCCUCAUGGCAGGGGCUGUAUCUGUUCAGAUUCACAAAACAUCAGAGUUGUUCGCUGAGACAUUAAAACUACUGAAGUCUACAAACAGAAACGCUGUUUUGAUUGACCCUGAAUCGGACGAGGAAUAUAUAUCUGAUAUGGAAACCUACUGCAGCAGCGAACAAUCCAUGAAGGAUAAAAUGGUAGUCUUGUUACUGAGGAAAUCGUCAACGUCUUCUUUGGCUUCACUGGAUGAUAUUACCUUGACCGGCGACGAAGAAAUUUCCCUUCCAAGGAUACAACCAGAGAGUAUCGCUUUAGUAUUUACCACUUCUGGUUCCACUGGCUUUCCUAAAAUGGUCGAAUACACACAUUUCUCAUUCGUCAAUGCUUCCUAUUUAUCCUUUAUCGGAACAGCGGGGAACCGAACAUACGGUAUAUGCUACAAUGAUCGACCAUUUUCUUGGUUUGGAGGUUCGCCUCUGUUCAGUAUCCUCAAUGGCAACACACGAGUGUUUAUGAACACUUCAGUAGGAAUGGAGACAGAGAACAUAUUGACGAUUUGGGACAUCAUCAUGGCAGAGCAGUGUACGAAUGCUAUGCUACUUCCUUAUGCAAUAUUCGAUAUUCUUGCAAAUCUCGACACUAUCACCAAAACAGGCUACAAGCUGUACGCCAUCGCUACCGGUGGACAACGUAUUGACAGGCAUGUCACUGAAGUCUGUGGUAAAUGUACAGAGAAGUUGUUUAUGGGUUACGGGUCAACCGAGGCCGCCGCUGUAUCCUAUAUCGAGUUGAAGACGGAAAUGGAAGAAGGGCAUAUUGGAUCGCUUUUUCCGGGCAACGAGGUCAAGAUCGUCAGUGACAAGAAAGAAACCAUCGAUAGAGGGCUUCUGGGCGAAAUCCUUGUGAGGUCUGCAUCGAUGUUGAAAUCCUACCGUAAUGCCCGAGACCUUAACAUAGGGUCUUUUGUCGACCAUGGCUGGUUUCGAACUGGCGAUAUCGGAACUAUCACAACAGAAGGCAAGUUGAUUUUGAAAGGCAAAUCCAAAGACGUCAUAAAGCGGGGAGGUUUGAAGGUUUUGGCAAGCGUGGUAGAAGCAGUGAUGUCCAGAUUUCCGGAAAUUAGAGAGGUUGUGGUGAUUCCGGUUCCGGAUACAAGACUCCUUGAAGAAGUAUGCGCUUGUUACGUACUGAUGGAUAAUGUAAAUACAACAGAAAUUGACCUGGAUAAGAAAUGCCGAGUGAUUCUUGGUGACAACGUAUUAGGUAACACACCUUCCUAUUUUCUCAGGUUUGAUUCUUUCCCUAGCCUUGGUAAUGGAAAGAUCGACAAAGUUCUUCUCGGACGGCGAGCCGUGAAAAGACUUAAUCUCGCAUGA